GCAGACGCAGACGAUUCGUUCAGCUGGACCCUUGUGUAAUACUGCGGAGUUAGCUCGUCAAGGUACUAGCUAGCUGCCCGUCUUUACUACCCCUUUAUAAUCUCUCGAGCGUCUUGACUACUUGAGUCUUGAGGAGCUUCGCGUGUAAAGCCCCGUAGUGCAUUCAGUCCUUCCCCACGAGAAUCGCCCGUAAGAGCUCGGCCGACGCCAUGGCGGCGGCGGUUCCGGAGGUGGCCCUGCGGCACGGCAACGCGACGAGGCCCAUGCCGGCGGCCGGCAUGGGCACGGCGGAGUUCCCGGUCGUGCCGGAGAGGACCAGGGGCGCCGUGCUGGCGGCGCUCGAGGUGGGCUUCCGCCACUUCGACACCGCCGUGCUGUACGGCACGGAGGCGGCGCUCGGCGACGCCCUCGUGGAGGCGGCGCGGCGCGGGCUCCUGGCGUCCCGGGAGGAGGCGUUCGUCACGUCCAAGCUGUGGUGCACCCAGUGCCACGCGGACCUCGUGCUCCCGUCCCUUCGCGAAAGCCUACGGAACCUGCAAAUGGAGUAUGUCGACCUGUACCUGAUCCACUGGCCGAUCAGCGUGAAGCCUGGGCCAAUCGUGCUCCAGGCAAAGAAAGAGGACGCCGUGCCGUUCGACUUCGAGGGCGUGUGGCGGGCAAUGGAGGAGUGCCACCGGCUUGGCCUCGCCAAGGCCAUCGGCGUCAGCAACUUCACCACCAAGCACCUCGACAACUUGCUAGCAGUGGCCACCAUCCCCCCUGCCGUAAACCAGGUAGAGAUGAACCCGGUUUGGCAACAGAAGACGUUGAGGGAGUAUUGCGCCAAGAAGGGUAUCCAUGUCACAGCGUACUCCCCGCUAGGAGGGCAGAACUGGAGAGGCGACAACAACAACGUGAUGGAAUCCCCCGUGCUCGCGGAGAUUGCCCGAGCUAGAGGCAAGAGUGUCGCACAGGUGUCAUUGAGAUGGAUUUACGAGCAAGGAGUGACCCCCAUCGUCAAGAGCUACAACAAGGAGAGGCUGAAACAAAACCUUGAGAUCUUCGACUGGGAGCUGACAGAGGACGACCAUCGCAAGAUCAACCAGAUCCCGCAGAAGAAGAUUGUGACCGCUGCAUUGUUGUUCUCUCCGGGCGGUGAAUUCACGUCGAUUGAUUUUUCAGACAUCGAAAUUGUUGAGGAAUAGGUGGUGGGCUACCGCCACUUCGACACCGCCGCCCUGUACGGCACGGAGGCGCCGCUCGGCGAGGCCGUGGCCGAGGCGGUGCGGCGUGGGGUCGUCGCGUCCCGCGAGGAGGUGUUCGUGACCACCAAGGUGUGGUGCACCAAGUGCCACCCGGACCUCGUGCUUCCCUCCCUCCAGGAAAGCCUACGCAACCUGCAAAUGGAGUACGUGGACCUGUACUUGGUCCACAUGCCGAUCAGCCUGAAGCCCGAGGCAUCAGGGUUCCCGCUGAAGAAAGAGGACGUCGUGCCGUUCGACUUCGAGGGCGUGUGGCGGGCAAUGGAGGAGUGCCACCGGCUGGGCCUCGCCAAGGCCAUCGGCGUCAGCAACUUCACCACCAAACACCUCGACAAGCUGCUUGCAGAGGUCACUAUACCUUGGUUUGAUCUGCGGGUAGAGAUGAGCCCAGUCUGGCGGCAGAGGACUGUGAGGGAGUACUGUGCCACGAAGGGCAUCCACGUCACGGCCUACUCCCCGCUGGGCGGGCAGAACUGGGGAGGCCACGGCAACGACGUGAUGGGAUCCCCGGUGCUCGCGGAGAUCGCUGAGGCUAGAGGCAAGAGCAUCGCGCAGGUGUCAUUGAGAUGGAUUUAUGAGCAAGGAGUGACCCCAAUCGCCAAGAGCUACAAUAAGGAGAGGCUGAAACAAAACCUUGAGAUCUUCGACUGGGAGCUGACCGAGGAAGACCAUCUGAAGAUCAGCCAAAUCCACAGAAGAAGAUUUCAUCUGCAGAAUUGCUUUCUCCGAAUGGUGAGUUCACAUCAGUUGAUCUUUCGGACAUUGAAAUUGUGGAGGAGUAGGUGGUGAAGAUG